AUGAACGCUACGAAGCGCAAGUUCAACACCCUCUUUCAGGGCAUCGGUGCCAAGCCGUCGACGACAACAUCGACCGCUCCGGCCACAGGCUCCAACGAGACCCCCGGAACGGCCCCGAGCCCGAUGACAACAGCCAUGCCCUCGUCGUCCAGCAUAUUGAGCAAACGGCGUCGCGUCACAGAGGCAUUGACAUCAAGUCUUGGAGGGAGCAAGCCGGCCACAACACAGUCGCGCUUCGCCAACAACGCCAUCCUCAAGAAAUAUGGUGGCAGCCCGACCAUCGCCACCGUGGGCAAGAUGGAAAAGCCCACGCCGGCAUCAAGAUACUGUCCAGGUGACCGCGACGAGCUGAUCCGAAGACUUGGAACAUUCCAAGAGCUCACAGAAUGGACACCAAAGCCCGACCAGAUCAACGAGAUUGAAUGGGCCAAGAGGGGCUGGGUUUGCCAGGGCAAGGAGCGUGUGAGGUGCGCCUUGUGCAACAAGGAACUUGUGGUGAAACUGGGUAGUGACAAGAAACCCGACAAUGGUUCUGCAAUAUCCUUGCAGAGCACACAAGUUGAGGAGGCGAUGGUGACACGAUUCGUGCAGCUCAUAGUCGAGGCACACCAGGAAGACUGCUUGUGGAGGAAGCGCGGAUGCGAUGAUUCACUCCUGCGUUUGUACAUCACCAACCCGCAGACUGCACUCCAGUCUCUCCGUGAGCGAUACGAUGACCUGGCCUCGAGGCCUACCUUUCUACCUUAUAUCUUCAACCUUCGCCUCCCUGCGGAACUCGAUCUCCAAGUGUCAAAAUCACAUCUGCCAUCAGACUUCUUCACGGAGCCGUCGCCGCCGCCGACUGCGUCAACAACGGUAGCUGGUGGUACAAAUGAUGUUGCCCUUGCCCUCGCCCUGACAGGCUGGCAAGGCCUGACCAACCCUCGCAUUGGUCCAGUUCCCAACUCGGCAUCGUGCGGGACCUGCUUGCGGAAACUUGGGCUGUGGAUGUUCAAGAGCCAAGAGGUUGACGAAGCGACUGGUCAAAUUCUUGUCGCCGCCCCAAUGGAUCAUCUGGACCCUGUCCGCGAGCACCGAUUCUUUUGUCCGUGGCGCAACCCCGACGCACAACGCAAUCCGGGGUCUAAGAGCCUUGAAAGGAAAGCGGCUUGGGAGGUUCUCCUUCAGACGCUGAAGAAUAAUGCGUACCUAAGAUCACAAGCCGAGCGUAGCAGUCAGAAGAACAACAAGACUCCUCGCAGAGCAGGCACGAUACUUCAUCGUGCCACAGCAUCUGUGCCGAGCACGCCACUGCGGCCGACGUCUGGUAACGACAUUACGCCUGGGGCAGAAACUCCAACAGACAGUGGAAAUCUACUUACACUCGGCCCGGACAUGGUAGACGAUGAAGACGAGGAUCCGGCCGCACGAGAUGCCAAGGACAAAGAGCGGUGGGCUAGAUUGAGGAGAGUCAAGACCCUGUUCGACACUAAAAAUGCCAAGAAGCUGCGGCGAGCCUUGAGCAGGCCCGGAACGGCAGGAAGCAGUGCGAGC